AGAUGCUGCAACAAAGACAAUAGAACGCUUCCGUAGAGCAUAUCAUUUCAAUUGUGUGGUUUGUGGUAAAAAAAUUGUGCUCUGUGAAAAAGUGAAAAUUCAGUGGAAAAACUUUGUUUUUUUCACCUGACAAUUGUGUCGUGGUGUUGAAUAAGUGCUACACUAUGUUCAUAUAAUGCAUUAAUUGCAAAAUUCGAAAACAAUUUAGCGAAAAUAACAAAUUAAAAAAACACACAAAACAUGAAUCGCCUGUAUUAUUUGUGGAUAUUAUUCAUGGCAGCCAUUUUUGUUCAACGGGUUUUGUCUGUACCGUCUGCUGCAACUGAUGUUCCUGACGAUGAGGACGAAGAUGACUUUGACGAUUCGGAAGAGUCGGCCGAAGCUGAUGACGAUGGUCGAAUUUACAAAAAUCCAAGAAAUUCACCAUCAUCGGAUUGUCCACGGGACGAGGAACAAGCAACUUUAUUAGGUCAAAAAUGCUUAAGAAAAUGCUCAUCGCAUGAAGAUUGCAAAAGUAAAAAGAAAAAGUGCUUAUGCGACGGAACCUGCGGAAUGUCAUGCAUCAAGCCAGAUCGUGAAUGCCCAGAGCUGCCACAGCCUGAACUUGGAACGGUCACUUUAUCCGGUCGGGAAUUUGGCGGAAAAGCUGUUUACACAUGUCCACUUGGCUACAAUGUUGUUGGGCUUGCUGAAAGACUGUGCCGAAAUGGUCAAUGGACAGGAUCGCAACCGAUUUGCUCAAAGAAUAUUUUCUGUUUGACACCGCCAGUCAUCGAACAUGCUCGUCACUCAGCAUUACCGGAACAAGCCACAUUUGAGCUUGAUUCAGCCGUUCAAUAUCAUUGCUAUACUGGCUAUGUUACUGCUGGAUUUCCACGCGCAAAAUGUUUGGCGAUUGAUGGUCAUGCAAGUUGGUAUGGUCCCGAUAUAAAUUGUGAGCCUCGCUCAUGUGGUCAACCGACUGAUCCGACUCAUGGUUGGCAUGCAGGCGAAUGUUAUACAUUUGGAUGUCGUAUCACCUACCACUGUGGCGAAGGUUAUGAAUUGGUUGGAAAAUCCGAGCGUUUUUGUCAAGCCACCGGUGAUUGGUCACCAAAAGAAAUGCCUACAUGUGUGCUUGUAACCAGUGUCGUUUGUCCGAUACCGGAGAGCCCGAAAAAUGGAAAAGCAAUUUAUACGAGUCUUUCGUACAAUUCAAUCGUUUCUUAUGAAUGUCGCUAUGGGUAUACACUGGUCAAUGAUAGUUCGAGACGUUGUGGUGCCGAUAGAAAAUGGAGCGGCUCAUUGCCGACUUGUAAGGAAAUCAAUUGCGGUUCUCCGGGGGUUCUGUUCAAUGGAUGGCUGGAAAAUAUUGACGCCGGAACAGGAUUGGGAGCCAGCAUUAUUUUUCGAUGCCAACCGGGUAUGUUGCUUGCUGGAAAUACGUCAACCGUUUGUCAAGUUGAUGGAAGAUGGAGAUAUCCAGUACCAGAAUGUUUAGCACCAUGCGUUAUACCAACGGUUCAACAAGGCACAGUUAUUGCAAUGGAAAAAGAGCUUGAUCCAAAUGCCACAACUCCGGUUACUCCAACACUACCGCCAACAUCUAAUCAAGUCAUUCAUGGAACGACUCUGGAGGUCGUUUGCGAAGAUCGAUAUGAAUUUCCAAUAAUAUCUUCAGCUCCGCCCACCUGUAUGAAUGGUACUUGGUCAAUUAUACCUCGUUGUACACCGGCUCGAUGCAAAACUCUUCCUAAACCACCAAAGUUUGGAAUGGUCUUGGCACCAAAGACAGAGCAUGGUAUGAAAGCACGAUUUAAAUGCAAAGAUGGUUUCAAGUUAACCGGACCUGAUGGAAAAGAAGUUAUCGAUGAAAAUGAAUACGUUCGUACUUGUGCGUUUGGCAAUUGGACGGGAUUGACACCAAUGUGUCAAGAAUUAUUUUGUGCAUUCCCUGGUUAUGUUGAACACGGCAAAGUUUUACUUAUUGGAAAUAUGGGACUUUAUGACUAUCGACCCUAUGUUAGGAAGAUAAUGAACAAUAAGCAAAUAAUGUACGAUUGCGAUAAAGGCUACAUUUUAAAUGAAAAGGGUCCAGUUGGUGCGACAUGUGUUGGUGGUGUUUGGCGGCCAACUGAGUUGCCCGAAUGUAGUCCUGGUUUGCAUCCGCGUUUAAGAUGGAAUCGUCGUAAGCGUGCCGCAAAAAUUGAACAAAAGCAUAAAAUUUUGCGAAAUUUUGGUCGUUUUAAGCGGGAAAUCAGUGAAGUUCUUCGAAGAAAUGCAGUAAUCGAAGAUCCAUUUCCAUUACGACAAAAGCGAAGUUUACUUCAUCAUCGAGGUGGUCAGCGUAAAAUUCAUCGACGAAUAAUUCCAAAUCAUAACAUCAAUCAUAAAUGGCAUCUCGUUGCACCGGCAAUAAUGCGAUUCAAGCGAAAUAUUGCACGAAAACGAUAUCCAGAAAUUGAUUAUCAAUUUGUACGUCCAUUGCGCAACGAAUUUCAACAGCAACAACAACGAAUUAGAUUUGAGGAAGCACAACGACGCGCCUACAAUAAAUAUUAUGAGAAAAUUCGACAAAAACAUCGAAAUUACAUCAAUAAUUUACUGCGAGCAUCACAUAGUCAACGUGUCAUUGAUGAUGAUGAACCAUUAGUUUUUGAUAACAAAGGAGAUCCAUAUGCCGAUGAUGAUGAUUAUAAAACACCCGCUCAAGAUCCAUUCGAUGAAAUAAAUGCAUAUGCUUCGAUGCCAAUACCAUUGCCAAAUAUCAACGAAGAUCGAAAUAUUUACGCGAAGAAGGAAAUAAAUGAUGGCAUUGUAAACAAUACAUUUGUUGGUCGCAGCCACAGUGAUGCAGUGCACGAUGAAAAUGGACAGAUUGGCAAUCGAAAUUAUUUGCCACAAAUCUCUCGACAACAUGAGAAGAAUGUUAGCGAUAUUGUCAAUUUGUUACAGUCACAGAUCGUUCGACGAAGGAAGAGAAUUCUUCUUGGAAGCAAAGGUGUACACAAUAAUGGCAAGUUGUUUCAUCGUGUAAAACGGGCUCCACGCGCGCCGAAGAAAAGUGAAGACCCAAUUGAAGAGGAUGGAAAUGGCAGUGAUACAGAAGGAUCACGGAAGUCAAAAACAAAGGAACCAUGUGAGCCAAUCGCUAUGAAACCAUACAUUCGUAUUGACAUCGUACGUGAAGGACGCGAUCCGUCCAACGAAUUUGGCACUGGAACGAUAAUUCGUGCAACAUGUGCAAAGGAAUAUCGAUUGAAUUUACAAAAUCCAAAUGGAACUGCAAAAUGUGUUCGAGGACGAUGGAAACCAUUGAAACCAGAAUGCACUUUAGUGCCAUGCUCAAUUGCUUCCACUGCACACGGAGCAUAUGUGGCAUUGGUUGUUGAUCAAAAAGACGACAAUGGUAAAACAACAAUGCAACCACUUAACGCAUUCGAUGAAGUACAAAGUGGCGAGAUUGUUCAAGUCAAUUGCGAUGAAGGAUACACCGUACAGGGUCCAAACAGAUUGAAAUGUCAAGAGGGUAGUUGGGAUGUCAACGGUUUACCAGAAUGUGUUCCAGCUCCAUGCUCUCUGCCAAAUAUUUCGAAUGCUGUUUAUCAAGAAGGAUAUCGUGGUGGAUUAACCAUCGCUCAUGCCGCUUCAGUUUCGGUUCAAUGCGAAGGCAGCGAGGAAACGGUGCAAAUGAAAUGUUCACUGGGAAAUUUAACUCCGCAAACCGUUCAGUGUCAACCGGCUCAAAUAUCGGCAAUUGCUAAAAAAACUCGCGAAAGUGAAUAUUUGGGCGAAGUUGAUUUUUUUAGUUCAAAUCAAGACGUGACAAGCAUUUUAACUGGAUUCAAUAAAAUCAAUGAAAAAUUCGGCAAGUCGAAAAUCUUGAACAUGAAAACAGAAAACAGUGGCAGUUACUAUCAACACACUUUUGGCGAGGGAAAACCAUGCGGAAUGCCAACGAGAGUUGAAGAGACGAUUCUUUACAAAAACGGAGAACCGGUCACUGAUGCCGAUGAAGGAUUCGAAUCUGGAACAGAAAUUACGUUUAAUUGCAUCAAAGGUGCAGCGGGAGAAAGAACAACAUGGAAAAUCGUAUGCGAGGAUGGUACAUGGAAUGGUCGCUCUUUUGAUUGCACAAAUGGAACUUGCAUCUUUUACAAUGAUGAACCGAAUGUUGUGAGCUUCUACAAUGAUCUGCGAAUCGAUGAAGGAGUUGUCGAAUUUCCACCUGGUGCCACAAUUGUGUCGAGAUGUGUGGAUAUUGGCAAAUAUCAAAUGCUUGGCAAUAAUGUUCUUACGUGCAUUCAUUCAGAUUGGAACGGCAUUAAGCCUACGUGUUUGGGAUUGAAUCAGGAAAAUGAUUACGCAAUGGAAAAAUCACCAACAAUUCUAUUUCGUCAUCACAAUGGUCCAAUUGCACAAAGUAAUGAUGGGAAAUUGGUCGUGUAUCCGGGGACAACAGUGCAUAUGGAAUGUUUAUGGAUGAGACGUUUUGGCAACCCGAAGUGGUCGGUUAAUCACACGUAUAGAAACUAUCCCGAAGGAUGGGUCACCGAUGAAGGUCGCGAUAAUACAUUGGAAUAUCGAUUGAGCAUUUUCCAUGCGGUUGAGGAGGAUACAGGAAUUUUUACAUGUUCAACACCGGCUCGACACGAUCACACUGUUGAGGUUCUUGUACGAGCCAUCCAUUGUCCAGAGAUUCCAAGCAAGCGUGGUCUCAAAGUAAAUGUGAAUGAUACAAAGAUGGGAUCAAAGAUCCAGUUAUCUUGCAUAAAUGGAAAUUCAUUGAUCGGUUCAUCGGAAUUAACGUGCAUGCCGAGUGGUAAUUGGAGUUCCGCGCUGCCGGUGUGUGAAAGCAUUGAAUGUGGUGACAUUCCAAUAUUGGCGUCAUCGAAUCGAUCUGUGCCACGUGUAACAAUCCUAUCCCGUGAAGUAGGCGGUCGUGCAACAUUUUCAUGUCAAACUGGCUAUGGACUACGUGGUCCAUCACAAACAACAUGUCUAUCGAGUGGUGAAUGGGCGCAACCAUUCCCAUCGUGCUCUGAGGUGCAGUGCGAUAAUCCGGGCGCUCCAGUAAACGGUUAUGCACAAGGAUCAGCUCCAUAUCGAGCUGGUGAUGUCAUUCAAUUCAACUGUAAUCCGGAAUAUAUGAUACAAGGCCAGCCGAUAAUUGCGUGUCAGGACAAUGGACGAUGGUCUGGCGUUCUACCAAAAUGUGUACAGGCCUGCAGUUAUCCAGGCACUGCGAUAUCUGGUCGAAUGUCAUCAGUUAAGUUUUAUUAUUCAAUCGGCGAGAGUAUAACAUUCACAUGUGAUACUGGGUUAGAAUUAAAAGGGGCACGAACCAUUAAAUGUUUGCGUAAUGCCAAAUGGUCGAAUGCGAUUCCAAGUUGUGUUGGUGGUCCAGAGCAAGCAAAUGUUUAAAAAAGUAUAUCAAAGAAAAGAAAUCGGCCCAACACAUAAACACACACACACCCAAUUAAACAAUUCAGUCAAUUCAAUUUAAUCCUCAUUGUUUCAAUUGAAAUGUCAUUACAAUACCAUGUGAAUUGAAGGAGACACAUUAGAAUUCAUAUCCAUUGCCUGCAGAAUAAAUUUCAAUAGAAUUUCUUCAGAAACAUACAUAUUAUAUAAUUAUAUCUGUUUUAUAUUUCUAUUUCAUGUAAUACUGGUGAGAGGUAAAAAAUCAACCGUUUUUUCAGAUUAUAUCUUGGGGGUGUAGUUGUGAUAUCUAGAAGUACUAUAUUUAAAAAGACAAAAAAAAAAAACAAAGAAUAUUUA